GCGCGUGCGCAGGCGUCGCGCGGAGGGACGAGGCAAAGCCGCGCAGUCGCCUGAUCCGCUCUCGGUCCACGCCGUCCAUCGCGCUGCCCGUCCGUCUGUCCCGCGCCCGCCGCCGCCGCCGCCGCCGCCGCCAUGGGAGUGCAGGUGGAGACCAUCUCCCCCGGAGACGGGCGCACCUUCCCGAAGCGCGGCCAGACCUGUGUGGUGCACUACACGGGGAUGCUUGAAGAUGGAAAGAAAUUUGAUUCCUCCCGGGACAGAAACAAGCCCUUUAAGUUUAUGCUAGGCAAGCAGGAGGUGAUCCGAGGCUGGGAAGAAGGGGUUGCCCAGAUGAGUGUGGGUCAGAGAGCCAAACUGACUAUCUCCCCAGACUAUGCCUAUGGUGCCACUGGGCACCCAGGCAUCAUCCCACCAAAUGCCACUCUCGUCUUUGAUGUGGAACUUCUAAAACUGGAAUGACAGGAAUGGCCUACUCCCUGAGUUCCCUGUGCUUGGAUGUGCCAUGGAGGGAUCUGGCGCCCCCGACGCGCACACGCGAAUCCGUGCGGAGCUUUUCCUGAUGUUCCACUACACUUUGUAUAAACAUCUGCCCCGACUGAAUGUGUUCUGUCACCCAGCUUUGCUCUUCCCCUUUCUCCUCGUAUGUGUGUUGACCUAAACUACAUGCCAUAAACCUCAAGUUACUCUUUUUAUUUUUGUUUUGGGGUGAAGAUUCAGUUUCAGUCUUUUGGAUCUAGGUUUUCAAUUAUGUGUUAGUCAAGUAUUAACAGCACAAGUAAUGGGUUAACUUUAGACUAGGAAUUGGUGUGUGGGGGAUGCAAGAAUCUUUAUUUUAUUUUAUUUUUUUUGGAUAAAAUUUUUAUCUAUUAUAUAUUAAACAUUCUUGCUGCUGCGCUGCAAAGCCAUAGCAGACUUGAGGCGCUGUUGAGGGCCGAACUAUCUCCAAGUUGAGAGAUGUCUUUGGGUUGAAUUAAGAGCCCUACCCAAAACUGAAGUGGAGAGGGGAGAGCCCUCACCUCCACUGCCCCAUCCCACUCUCCCCUUAAAACCUCUGCCUUUUAAAAGCAAAUCGUUCUCACUGCGAUGUUGGACACUACAGGUAUCUGUCCCGGGCCAGCAGGGACCUCUGAAGCCUUCUCCGUGGCCUGGCUCCCGCCCCCCCCCCCCAAUCCUGUGGUUUUUUUCUAAUAGAUAUUCAGGACUUUUAUAAUGUCAUAGCUAUCCAGGCUCCACUCCCUAAAUUUUAAGAACUUUAAUCGAAAGUUUAAAUUGAAGGUGCUGUUUGUAGACACUUAAAAUCCAAUGAAAGCCCAGCCAUCAUGACAAAUCCUUGAGUGUUGUCUUAAGAAAAUGAUGCUGGUCAUCACAGCUUCAGCAUCUCCUGUUUUUUGAUGCUCACCUCCCCCUGCUGAGCUCAACGUUUUCUGGCUUUUCCUUCCCUCCUCUCACUCCUUUGCUGUCCUGUGUAGUGAUUUGGUGAGAGAAAUUAUGGCUGCCUACCCCCCACCCACCUCUCCUGCACUACAUGAGUUUCAAGUUUUAUUAUUGCAAUAAAAGUGCUUUACGCUGGCUUUUCUCA